AAUAAUAUCUAACUUACUGUUAUAGUCUUCACACAUUCUUCUCAGUUUUCCUGUCCUGCAGAUUGGGGAAGGGAUAGAUAGAGAGAGUAGAAGAGAUGGCAGCGGAGGCUGUGGAGGAGGAAGAGGUGAUAAACAAACAGAUAAUUUUGAAGCAUUAUGUCACUGGUUUUCCCAAUGAGUCCGAUUUACAGCUGAAAACUACCGCCAUUCGUCUCAAGAUCCCGGCAGAUACUCCCAACGCAAUUCUGGUGAAGAAUCUCUAUCUCUCCUGCGAUCCCUACAUGCGGAGCCGCAUGUCCAAUCUCAAAGGAAGCUACGUCGAAUCCUUCAUCGUUGGCUCUCCUAUAACAGGAUAUGGCGUGUCUAAAGUUGUAGAUUCAACGCAUCCAGACUUCAACAAAGGCGAUUUCAUUUGGGGAUUCACUGUUGGAUGGGAAGAGUAUAGUCUCAUAACGGAUACACAAUCCUUUUUUAAGAUUCAACACACAGAAAUCCCGCUUUCCUAUUAUACAGGAAUUCUUGGUAUGCCUGGUAUGACUGCUUAUGUUGGUUUUUAUGAGAUAUGUUCUCCUAAGAAAGGAGAAAAAGUGUUCAUAUCAGCUGCAGCUGGUGCUGUUGGUCAGCUUGUAGGUCAAUUUGCAAAGUUACUUGGCUGCUAUGUUGUUGGAAGUGCUGGGAGUAGUGAAAAGGUGGAUCUUUUGAAGAACAAGUUCGGGUUUGAUGAAGCUUUUAACUACAAAGAAGAGGAAGAAGACCUUAAUGCAGCUCUGAAAAGGUAUUUCCCAGAUGGGAUUGAUAUUUACUUUGAGAAUGUUGGGGGAAAGAUGCUUGAAGCAGUCCUCUUGAACAUGAGAUUACAUGGGCGAAUUGCGGUGUGUGGAAUGAUAUCGGAGUACAACCUUGAGAAGCCACCGGGUGUUCAGAACUUGUUCAAUCUCAUCUCGAAACGAAUUCGUAUGGAAGGAUUCUUAGUGUUUGAUUACUUUCAUCUCUACUCUAAGUUCUUGGAAAUGAUUCUGCCUCAUAUCAAAGAAGGAAAAGUUGAUUAUGUGGAAGACUUAGCACAAGGUCUGGAGAAUGGUCCAGCGGCUUUGAUAGGACUUUUUUCUGGCCUUAAUGUAGGAAAACAACUGGUUGUGGUUUCCCAUGAAUGAAAAAGGACACAAUUGUUUCCAAUUAUAUGGUGUUUUUUGUUUUUGUAAUUGUGUAAAGUGUUCUGAUUUUAAAAUAUUAUUUUAAUUUCAAAGUA